ACCAUAGUUUAAGAAAAUAAAAGUUUAAGCGUGUGAGCGUUGCCUUCAGAGGUUGUUUGCAAUGGCGCUAAAAUAUGGAAGGGCUUUGGGAAAAAUUGUCGCAGCAAACUGUCAAGGCAGAAUAUUGACUCAGCCAAGGGGCACGACUUUGAAAACAAUAAGAACCUACAGCGCCUCAACGGGAGACGAAGAACCGACGGCUGCAGGUCAAACCGUGGUCUCAGAGCGAAGGGGAGCCGUGGUCACCGUGGCGAUAAACCGACCAGAGGUGCGUAACGCGGUGAACCAGGAGACAGCGAGGCGUCUGCUGGAGGAGCUGCAGGCCUUUGACAGCGACCCAGACUUGAACGUGGCUGUUCUGCACGGGAAAGGAGGGAAUUUCUGCGCUGGUUAUGAUCUGAAAAUGCUGGCCAAUCAAAAAGCCCCCCUUAAAUUGGAGCAAGAUGUCACAAAGGGUCCUGGCCCAAUGGGUCCGUCCCGUCUGCAGCUGUCCAAGCCGCUGAUAGCAGCGGUGAGUGGCUUUGCUGUGGCUGGAGGGUUGGAGCUGGCACUGCUGGCUGACCUGAGGGUGGUGGAGGAGAGCGCCGUCAUGGGAGUCUUCUGCCGCAGAUUUGGAGUUCCCCUGAUUGACGGAGGCACGGUGCGGCUUCCUCGCCUCAUCGGUUUAUCGCGAGCGCUCGACCUGAUCCUGACCGGGCGGCCAAUUGGAGCUCAAGAGGCUCUAGCCUACGGACUGGCCAACAGGAUUGUUCCUGAUGGUCAAGCUUUGCAGACAGCCAUACAACUUGCAGAGCAGAUCAGCGCCUUCCCUCAGCAGUGUCUGCGGACGGACCGCUCCUCAGCCAUGUUCAGCUGCUAUGAUGCUCAGUCCUUCACACAGGCCAUGCAGUAUGAGUUUGACCACGGAGUUCAAGUCAUCCAGGCUGAAUCUAUCCCCGGGGCCAUCAGGUUUACUUCAGGAGCUGGAAGAGGGGGGGAGUUCUCCUAGGAUUUAGCUUCCAGGAGCUAUGACAGAUGAUCAUAAAUCUCUUGUUGCCUCAACCAUGCAUCGAUGCUGUUAGCUGCAUAUUUAAUUGAUUAUUUCUUUAUAACAUACAAAAAAGGAUUUUAAAAAACAUAAUCACGUUGUUUUGCAUAAUGCAAUGUGCUUUGGUUAUUUGAAUAAA